GAACAAGCAGACACAGUUUACACCUUACAGAGUACAGAAAUUUAUGAUUUAUUAUUACAGAACUUGCAAACAUUUAACAUUAUAUUUGUACUUGAAAUCAGAUUAAAAAAUAUAAUCCAUUUUGCGAUUUUCCCGCUAAAUAUGACAAUAUAUUUUACUUGCCAGUUGAAUAUUCAAGUUGACUAGUGGCAAGUGACACAAAUAGGGUUUUGAUGAUCUAAAAUUUGAAAUAAAGGAAGGACUUGAAAUUGACGCAAAAGUCUAUUUAUAGAACAAAAGAAAUACAUAUGUACAAGCUGACUUGUUAUUUAAAAAACAUAUUUCCCGCUCAGAAAAAAGGAAAUUUUUUUACAUGAAAUACCAGUUAUUCCUUUGGAUAGCUUAAAUCAGACAGCAUUGAAGGCAUAGCUCUGUGCUAUUGGUUCCCAAGAAGAGAAAAUAAGCUUUGAAGCCAACAUACUAUUUGUUCCCCAGAGGAAAAUAUAAAACUGAUGACAUUGCAGACAGAGAUUUCAAAUAGCUUUGCUGUGAAGAGAUAUCAUAUUCCUGGUUUCAGAAGAGAUAUAUUCCUUUUACAAAGAGUGUCUUGAAGACAAGAUUAUGAUUGGCUAUUGAUUCAAGCAUCAAGAUAAAGAGUGGAACUUAGACUGGAUACACUUUGUUUCUUGCAUUUCUGAGCUAGAAAACCCGAUUGAUUUUCUACUGAAACUGUUUACCAAAGAGUUUUCUCAUGACGUCGGGAGAAUCGUGCUUUCAGAGAGAGUUUGUUUUCCCUAGCAUUGAUCUAUUGAAAGCACCAAUGAUACAAGCAUGGAAAAUAUCCAUAUAUAGAUUUUGGCAGCGGCUUUUGUUACCCCUUCUGUGAAAAUACGGAGCUAGAUGCAUUAAGAAAACAUUAGCGAGGCUGGAUGUUGUUGUUGUUGUUGGUUUUUGUGCCGGUAUAAGAAGGAAAUCUUUGAUACGUUGGAAAAAAGGAGGUCAUUGGUUCAGAAGCUAUGAAGGUCAUAAAGGUCCUAGUUGUACUCUAGACGAUGUCAAAAGGAGCAUCAUUUGAUGACUCAUCUAACCUCGUGGAGAUAGCAGCACCUACGAAUGGUGAACAAAAAGAAAGUGCAGGCGAAAUAUCUGACAACCAACCAGAUCUUUUGUCCUUUGAUGAGCCAGAUGACAUAAAGGAAGAUACUAAGAGCCACGAUUCAAAGUCUAAAUCAAAGAAAAGUAAAGCCAAAAGAUUAUUCAAAAGAGCUAAAUCUCCUAUAAGUGGAGCAAUUAAUAAAACUACAAAGGAAUUCAAAAAGUUAAGUAGCCUACCAAAGCAUCAUCAUUCAUCUUCGCCCAAAUCACCUCAACGGUCUCCAUCAAGGGAAAAACUUACAGAGGAAUAUUCUCAUCUUGAACAAAAGCUAAAUGAAAAAACUUCUGAAGAAUGGCUUGUCUUUCAACAAAUGCAGGAAAGAGUGAAAGAGACAGUGGCUAAAUCUCAGCAAAAAUUGAAACAAUACACAUCUCAAAGUGAAGACGAAGAACCAAAGCAAAACAUAUCAACCAAAUGGACAGGCUUUGAAACUGAUUCCGGACUUGAACCUGAAGUCAUAGACACAUCCUUGCAUCCUUCUAUUAGUAUAACUUGUCCUGUAAAUGAUUCAGAUACAGCAGAUCUUUUAGAUUCAGGAACAGAUAUACCAAACAUAGACACUGAUUUAGGGCUUUCCCCUCCUGUAACUCCUGCCCCACCUGUUAACAGCAGAAUUGCAAGCAUGGAUAGCAUAGCACAAGAAACUGAAAAAACUAAAGAGGGUUUAUCGGGGAAAGAAGAUGAAUUAGACUUCUUUGGUUUCACUGGCUCAGGUAGUACAAGUCAAGCUGAAAACCAAGCCAGUAGCAUGAUUUCUCAAGAUCUUUUAGGCCUGGAAAGUUUUGUUUCAUCAGAUACCUCAUCAGGUACACAGCAGGAUAAUCAAGUCCCACCAACUUCGGACAUUCUGAGUGGCUAUGCAUUUACCUCUUCAAUAUCUGCUGAUACAUCAUCAGCUGUCAGUACAGAAUCUAAAACUGUGAACAGUGAUAUUUUAAUGUUUGAACAACCAUUAGAAACAUUUAACAAAACUAUUGAAAACACUAAAACAUCUAAAGUUGAAACUGAAGCAAGGCAGGAAGAUCUGUUUGUAAUUGAUGACAUUAAUGAACCCAGUUCUGAAGAACCAACGAAAAGUAAUGAAGUAAAACAAGGAAAAUCACCAUUAGAUAUUUUUGGUGAACCAUUACAACCUUCUGUUGUUGAAUCCUCAAAAGAUAAAGUCAAUACUGAUAUGUUUGAUGGUGUAAAAAAAGAUAAGCCAGAUGUCAUUGUUUCAGCCACAUCAGUUUCUGAUGAAUUCGCAAGUUUUGAUCCUAUGAAAUCUGAAAGUUUUAAUGUAAAUUUUUCACAAGCAGUAAAUAUUCGAAGAGCACCUAGUCCAAUGGCAACAAAUGAGCAACAGUAUGGAACUUCUCCAAGCCAAGGUAUGACAUAUGGGUCAGUUCCAGUAUCAAAUAUUCAGGUAGAUUUAUUGUCUAAAAUCAAGCAAAUGUCAUCUUCAAGUCAACCUGUGUCUCCUGCAAGAAGGGCAGCUCCCAAGCCAAAAGAUGUAUUUGGAUUUGUUAAGAAAGAAUUGAAGAAACCGGAGGAUGAGGAUGAUUAUAAACCACUUGCUGCAUUAUCAUCUAAGAAAAUGAACACUAAUGAAGAGGAAGUAGUUGAAGAAAUUAUAGCAGACCAGACUGAUACAGUCAAUAAUCCAUUUUUGACCUCAAGUUUUACAGAGGAAAUGCAGACACAAGAAGGGUUUAUGGCAGUUAGUGCUAAUGCAGCUCAGCUAUUUGGUAUUGAACCAGAGUCAUUGGAAAUAGAGAAUGGUUUUAAUGAAUUAGGUAAACAAGCUGUACAUAAAGUUCCUGAAAAUGUAAAAACUUCCUGGGUAACUCCUGGAGCUUUUGAUGACACAGAUUUUGGCACAGACUUUGAAUCAGGUGAAACAUGGGAUGAAGGAGAAAAAAUAGAGAAAAAGCAAGCUGGAGAUGUAUGGGGAGCAGAUGAAGAGGGGCCUACAGCUGAGACUGAAACAAAGGCCAGUGAUAGUGACAAUCCAUUUGUGGAUGAUUUUUCCAAACUUGAAGACAUUCCGAUACAACAACAAACAGUGGAUACAAAUGCAAAUCCAUUCUUGGUUGGUGAUUUUACUGAUGCCCCAUUAAUUGCAACAUCAGUCCCUUCAGUUUCAGCAUCUGCUCCAAGUAAUCCAUUCCUUGAUACAACAGUAGGUUCUUCAGAGUUACUUGGAGGAGGGAACUCUGCUGUGCUUUCAGACAGUGAAAGUUUUUUCUUUGAUUCUGUCGCAAACAAUAAACAAGACUCUGAGGUGGCAGAUACAGAUGACAUAUUUGAUCCAUUCAAAGUAAAUGCAAAAUCACCAGAAACUAAUACAGAUACAGCUGAUACAGCUUCUGAUCCAUUAGAUAUAUUCUCUAGUGUGGCUGCUUCGGGUGAUAAACAGCUUGCAAAACCAUCUGAUGAUGAUCAUGGCUUUAUGCUUGACAUAAAACCAGUAGCAGAAAGACCAAAAGACAGUUCACUACCUAUAGCACCAGCUAUAGCUCCACCGCCUAAAGCACCAAAAUCUCCCCAACCACCUCGAGAAAAUCCUUUUGAUAGGGAUUCUCCUCCUGAAGAAAACUUUGCUCAGUUUGAAGUCAUGGAUGCAAGCAACAAUGAAAUGCCUAAAGAACCUCCUCCAAAGAGUUUCUCAACAGAUAGUGCUACAACAGAAGAGGAGGUGGUGGAAGAAAACCUUGAACCUCUAGAACCAUUCUUACCCGAGUGUGAAAGGGACUCAUUUAAGUUAAUGUUAAGGUAUCCAACAAAGAAGAAAAUAGCAGGCAAUCGCUAUUGGAAAAAUGUAAUUGUUAAAUUAGAAACACAGAAAGAGGGAUUGAUGAUUAGGGUAUUAAAUGAUGCAAGAGAUCAGCUUCCUAUUCAAGAACUUCCAUUACAGCCAUGUUAUUCUCUGUCAGACUUGUGUCUGCAGCAAUAUGAUCAGUAUGGUAAAAUACACACAGUUAAACUGCAGUAUGUUUUCUAUAAAGAAAGAGUAGGAAUUAAAACUGAAAGAAUUACACCGUCUUUAGUGAAGUUAAAGAAAAGGUCAGACAAACCAAAAGCCACAAUGAUUCUUGAUCAUUCACCUCAAGUGUCCGAACUUUUGAAGUUUGGAAGUCUUGAUAAAGCUGAAAUAAAAUUGUUCAUACAAAAAGUAGAGGAUGAAUUCAUGAAAAUGGAGGCAAAACGUGAGAAAACUUUGACAUAUACUAAAGAUGAAAUAACUGCAGAAGUACGUGAUGAAUAUUAUGCAGAACUAGACUGUAAUGGUAGGGUUAUUUCUCAAAAGGCGAGAUGUCGAGUAUUUUGUUUAGCAUUUCUUACUGGUAUGCCUGUUGUUGAGAUGGGAAUGAAUGAUAGACGUAGAAAAGGAAAGGAAGUUGUUGGUAGGUGCGAUAUCAUUCCAAUAAAAACAGAAGAAUGGAUAAAACUUGAAAACGUUGAGUUUCAUAACUGUGUGAAUAGAGAAGAAUUUGAAAAUACAAACAAUAUUAAAUUUCAACCAUUGGAUGCGUGUCAAUUUGAAUUGAUGAGAUACCGUGUUAGGUUACGAGAAAACAAGGAACUUCCCCUUCAGUUGACUAUACAGCAAAUAUUAAAGCAAAGAAAAUGUGAAAUCCGAUGUGAUUUGUUAGUGACUGGGUAUCAUUCGUACAGCAAGAAACAUGGACAGUUUCCAUGUGAGGAUAUUGAAGUGUUGUUCCCCAUUCCAGAGGUCUGGAUUUACAUGUUCCGGUAUGAGAGACGGUUUGGUUACGGCUCCGUGCAUUCAGCAGCCAGAAAACCAGGCAGAAUAAAAGGAUUGGAAAGGCUGACAAUGAUGGCACAAGGUAACUUGAACCAGGCUCUCAUGGAAGCUGAUGUAGGUACUGCCAAAUAUGAACAUAUAUAUAGAUCCAUAGUAUGGAGAAUUCCCAGACUGCCAAUCAGAAACCAAGGUGCUUACACAAGUCAUCUGUUCCGACUCAAGCUAGAGUUGGGCCCACAUGAUGAAAUUCCAGAUUCAUUUGAAACCCACACAAGUGUUUCCUUCAGUAUGCCCUGCAGUACCACUUCACAGUCUCAGAUCCGCAGUAUAGCUGUCACAAAUCCGAACCCUCCAGAAAAAUGGGUGCGGUCCUCGGCACGAUAUGAAUAUCAAAUAGAAAUUGAGCAUUUAGACGAAUACCCAGAACUACUGGCCAUAGGAACGGUUUAUCAGGAAGCUGCCCGUCUGUCUGUCUCUGAGAAGCCAGAAACUGAGGAAGUUGAAGAGGAGAGAGAUCCUAGACUGGCACAGUCUGAUACAGAUUCUAGUGACAGUGAUUAGAUAAUCAAAAGAGAAUCAGUCCGAAAUUGUGGCACAGUCUGGUUUUAAAUGAAAGAGAUGGUGUACAGACUGGUUCAGUCAUAACAUGACUCAAAAGAUAUGAUUUAAAGUAAAGCUAUGGUACCAGACUGCUAUAUAGUCUGAUAUGAUAGACUGAUUUCCUGAAGGAGAAUGUUUCUGACUGGUACAGUCUUAUUUUAGAAAAUUUUAUAUAGGGAAUGGUUAACCAGACUUGAUUUUAGAUAUACUUGAAGAAAAUAAUUUCUGUGUUCAGAUUUGAUUAGAAAAUUGACUUUGUCUAGGUUUUACAGUCUUAGUGUUUAAAAAAUAGGGUUCAGUGUUUGGUCUUGAAAAGGACAAAUUUACAGAAUUACAAUGUUUGUUAAAAGUCAAAUAUGGUAUGUAGAGAUGUUAAGUGUUUGUUUAUGACAUAGGUAUGAUUCUGUUUAAGUUGUAUGAACUGAAAUGAAUGCAAGAGAACUAUGUUAACUUGUAGGCAUGCUCACAACUUGUUAUAUUUACAGCUUUCAGUAUCAGAAUUUGUUGAUGUCAGAGUGUUAUCCUUGUAGAUGUCAUAUUGUUACCCUAUAGCUAAAUAUAGAACAGAUAUUACAUAAAAUAUGUACUUGUAUCAACUUAUAGUAUAAUAUACUUACAUAGUCAUGUACUUUUGGGCAUUAGAUAUAGAUAUAUUAUGAAUAUUAUAUUCAAUCAGUUACACUAAGUUGAAAUGCUGAUAAAUUUCAACUUUGUUUGAAAAUUAGAAUGUCCGUAGGCAUUUUGAAAGGAUAGCUUAUUGAUGAGUACAAAAUUUUCUUUUUUUGUACAUCUGAAUUUAUUCAGUUAAACAGUAUUUCCAUCAUGCAUUUAAGAAAAUUGAAACCUGUGAGCUACUUCAAACAUAUAAGCAGGUGUGAAAUAUCCGAUCUGUAAGUUACUCUUAAUUACUUAUUGAAAUUAUCCCUUCCCAAGCUGAUCUUCUAUAACAGGCUAUCUUAAAAUUUGCUUAUAAUUUGGUACAGUCCAUUCAAUAUAUAAGGGGUUUCAGUUUUUUAAUGAUAAAAUUGAGUUCUAAGUUAUUAAAAUUGAGUAGCAAGGUCAGAUUGCAAACAAAAAAAAGCAACAUAAAGGCUUACCUGACACAGGUGGCACUCUCGUGUUAUAAAUGCAGCAUAAUUAUUCAGAAUGUAUUAGAUGGAAUUAAAAUGCUUGCAUGUUAAAGUUAUAUUAUGCUCAUCUUUUAGUAAAAUCCUUUUUUUGCAAAUCUAUUAAAUUCUUACUUAGUAUGUCUAAUUUGAAUAGGAGAAUGUGGGAAGCUGUAUUUCCCUUUUACUGGUCAAGUGAAUUUGGUCUGUUCUAAUAACACUGACAUAUUGCAUUACCUUUAAGUGUAUAGAGUUUACAACGUAACAUAUCUUGAUUGCAUUUACUCCAAAGUUGUUUAUUUUAAUUACAUGUAUGAAAAGAAACUGUAUGGCAAUUAGAAAUGUUUUCAAAUAUCAAAUUUGAGCAUUAUAUAAUAUCUUUAGCAUUUGUAGUAUUACAUUUUUGUGAGGUUUUGCAUUAAACAGCAUUUUUGUGACAAAAAUCAAAUCAUCGUUAACUUUAGUUACUAGAGUCUUUCCAGUCUUAACCAGAAAUUUUAAUAUUAUCCUUGUGUUAUAAACUGUACAUUUAUUUAGAAUAAUCUAAUAUUAUGCAUUUAAUAGAAUUAGUAUUUAUAUUCAAACAGAAUUAGUUAAUAUGUUGAAAUUAAAAUGUCUGUGUUAGAAAAACGAGCAAUACUCAUGUCUAACAUCACUUCAUGUUAUAUUAUUGAAAAAAGUAGGGUAAAUAAUAGAUAUGUGAUAUGUCAGGCAGAAUUUAGAGCUUGAAAGAAUAUAUAAUUUAUAUUGAGUGUAUAAUAUAAGAUCUAGUAGAAUUUUCUAUUGUCAUAUUUCCUGAGAUACAAAUAUGUAUUUAACCCUUAAAGGGACUCCACUGAGGUUUUUUGACAUAAUGGGAAUGGAAAUAAUGUUUUUUAAGAUUAAUAUUCCAUUUGAUGUAGGCAUAGACCAAUAACAUUGGUGCAAAAUUUCAGAUCAUUUGCUUACUCUGUUUUUCCAGAAUAAUUAUUUGUUAUUGUUAAAAAUGAACCAAAACUGAAAAGUGUUGAAAGAUGGGUACUUAUUUAUAGAAGCGGUACAAAAUUUACAUAUUAUCAUCAAAACUUUCAGUGUCAUACAAGUCAAACAU